ACAUAAACACAACGCAUGCGCAGACCACGAGACCCGUCGAGAUCCCAACUCCAGUCUGCCUUGACAUUCAGUUGCCGUCGCGGCCUUCCAAGUGGCAGAGUCUCGAAAAUUUCAAGUCCCUCGCUCGGAUAUUUCCUUUUUUUUAUGUUUCAGUGCUUAGUGUAUCCGCCGUAUCAAACAACUAUAAUAGCGACCUCUGAGGUGCUUCUGUUGGAAUAUUUACAAAGUGCAGAUGAAUUCCACAUUUUAAUACACAUUGAUAAAUAAAUAAAGUGUAUUACCUUUCUGUCAAAAGUUUAUUAAAGCCAACUCCACGGAAUCUGAAAGGCUAAACCGGACAUUCGAUACCACAGCCAAACAAUAACUAGGCUUUGGUAUACAACUUUCAUUUAUAAUAAGGAAACGGAAAGCUGCCCACUGGCAGUUCUUGGCACGACAUGGUCGUGUCCGAAUCAGAACCCGAGUUUCUGUCUAAAUCUGAACCUGAACCUAUGAGUGAGCACCAGGCAGCUAUCGACGGAAAUCUGGAAAACUUGCUUAGUACUCCUGCCCAUGAAGGAGAGGUUGACUUGAAUCCUGAGAGUGACGAGUAUCGAAAAGAUACCAACCAAAAGGACGAUAAUCAAGAACCCAAGGAUCUGGAUGAAAGUCAACCAGAUAUUAAGAGUCCAACAAAGGAAGACACCACAAGACCUCUUGUUCUAGAGGAAAGGCACUCGUUGUCCAUAGCGGAGACAAAAAAGCGAAGAGCCAGUGUGUAUUCCAACGAAUUGCUUUUUAUACCCAAAGAAUUGGCUCGCAGCGAACUUCAGCAGCGCACAAGGACCCUUAGCAGAUACGCCAAGAACAGGGAAUACCAUCUGCGAAUGUUGAAAUUUCCCGUGGUAUCCGGUCGUCCACGCUACGUGGCCAAGCAAAUGAAGAAAGAUCGAGAUGAUAACCAUUCGAUAUCCCAAGAAACCGAUAAUGAAUUCGAAACGAACGAAUAUCCUGUGGACAUUAAAGAGGAAGACUUCGUAGAGGAGCCAUCCGAGGAAAUUCAGGACCUAAGGGAGCUACCCCUGAAUAUGCCCGAUUUGAGUGCAGAAAGUGAAGUGAAGACUCAACUGCCCGACGAUGAAGAAAUCAGCGUUAUGUUGUUCGAUUUGGUGAAGCAGGAGGUCGAUACUAACGAUUCUUUGGAGGAGGAGAACCGCAAAAUCCUGCAGAGCCAGCGGGAAAGUGUGAUAAGGACCAGCAGCACUAGGCGUCAGCAUUACCCCUACUUAUGCUGGCACAAUCCAGAAAGAGAAGACCUUCGCUUUAAGAUGGAGCCCAUGGAGCAAGGGAAAACCACAAGUGAGCCGGACACUCAAGAUGGUUAUAAUGAUAUGACCAAUUUAGAAACCGCAGAAGACGCAGUGGAAGAUUUUGCAGUUCCUGAUCAGGUUGAACAGCCAUCGGAUGUGCAGACCCAGCAAACGGAGACAAUCAGUUACUUGUAUGAUCCCGCCCAGAACCAGUUAACCACUGAAAUGCAGCUCCAACAGCAAGUUGCUGAGGAAGUGCCUGCCGGUAACUUCAACCCUGCAACAUCCGGAUCCCCUGAAGACUCUGAUCAAACAGCAAAUUCAAUACUACGUCAGCAGUUAAUCCAUCACAUUGUCCAACCAAAUUUGUGCAACGAGGAGGUAUAUCAAUCCAUCAGUUGCAACAACAACGCCGUCGAUCGAGUAAAUCAAAAUCUUAGACAACAUCAGUUUGUUGGUCAAACGGUUGCCAAUGAACCAAGUUCUCAGUGGAACCCACAAAACCAGUCAUUUCACAAGCAGCAAUUGCAUAUUCAGCAGCAAUAUCUGCAGCAGCAACUCCAUCAGUCGUCCAGCCAACAGCAACAGGAGGUUAUUUACCAGCAACAUCAGCACGAGUCGGAGGAUAAACUGCAACAAAUGCGGGUCAUGUACCAGAGGAUCAAGUGCCGGGAGGAGGAGCAACUGCAUCAGCUGGGCAGGUCCCUGAAAAAGCUCAUGGACGAUCGGGUGUCCUGCGAACGCCAUCAUGCGGAGGAGAAGCGAUUGUUCAUGCUCAAAAUGGAGCAAUUCAAGAAGGUGGAGGUCAAACUGAAGUCGGACAGGGAGCAAAUAAAGCGCCAACUGAGAUCCGAUCUGAGAACUCUGGAGCUGAGAAUCGCAGACCAGCAGCGCCAGCAGGAGGAGAAGGCUUUGGCUUGGUCCUGGCAGCAACAGCAGCAACAGCAGCGACAGCAAUUGCUGGUGCAACAGCAAUCCCAACAGCAACAGCAACUGCAGCAGCAGCAUUUUAUGCAUCAUGCACACGGCCAGGAAACCCAUCAUGCAAAUCAAGAGCCAUAUAUGCAGCAUUCGUUCCUCUACGAUCCGCCACCUUAUAUAUACCCAACUGCCUAUCGGGAAUCCGUUGUGCAUCAACAGCGCAUACAGGCCUAUCACGAUCAUCAGCAGAAUUACAAUGCCGCAGAGUCGCAGACCACAGCCAUAGAGUUGCAGAGAAGACUGCUCGUGCCACCGCCCCCAUAUUGCCAAUCGAGCAACAGGACCUCCACUGAAGUUAGUCCUCCUUCCAGGAAAGUGAGACAUCGUCCUACCGCCGACCUAAGGUCAGAUCCCUAUCCCAGGGCCCAACUGAGAGGUCCUUUGCCACCCGCUGCAGAGAUCAUGCAACUCCAGAGAAACCCACGGAUGAGUACACCCGCAGCCCAAGUCCAAGAACCCAGAAACGAACCCUACGGAAUAACCUCUGUCAUGACGAACUAUGUCGCAAACUUCAUGAAUAUGCGUGCUGAAAGAUAAUUGCAUGGGCGGCAUUAACUGAUAGUUACUUGUGAUUUAAGUAGGAACUCUUUAAGGGUGUAUAAACAUAGUUUAAAGAAAAAUGAAUGUGUUAAUCGACAAUUAAAAUGGCUCAUUUGUGUCCUUAUAGUUUUUUUUAUUGCUGUAAAUAAAUUAAAAACAAAUUAAAAGCUGAUAUUGAAUUUUAAA